AUGUGGUGUUUCAAGCUCAUCGCAGGAUGCGCUAUUGUUCUCUCGAUUGUCUCGCAUGCGGUGGCCGACGACCCCUCAUCGGAUGCGUAUUCCUGCUCUGCAAGUUCUCCCUGCCUCGGUCCUGAUUUCUGCGGUAGCGACGUCUGUAUCUCCUCCUGCGAUGCAAAAAGUGAUUGCGACCCAGGCUGGGGAUCUGAAUGGUCAACUGCGGAGACUUGCCCACUGAACGUGUGCUGCAGUAAAUACGGAUUCUGUGGUACUACCAGUGAAUUCUGUGGAAACAAAACGGUAACCCAGCCAUCAUGCUCUUCUGGAACCAGUGCGAGCAAGAGAGUCAUCGGAUACUACGAGGGAUGGUCUAGCACCAGGACGUGUCGAGGCAUGUACCCGGAGGACCUAUUGACAACAGCUUAUACCCAUUUGAACUACGCAUUUGCCUUUGUUGACCCAACGUCAUUUGAGAUCGCACCCAUGUCAAGCGGAGAUACAGCACUUUAUUCUCGUUUCACAGCUCUCAAGACAUAUAAUCCUGGAUUAGAAACAUGGAUAUCCGUUGGAGGAUGGUCCAUGAACGACCUAGAUCAACCUACCGCAACCACCUUCUCCGACCUUGCUGGGUCCGAGAGUGCCCAGGCGGCAUUCUUCAAGUCAUUGGUCCACUUCAUGUCUACCUAUGGCUUUGACGGUGUUGAUAUAGAUUGGGAGUACCCAGUGGCACCCGAGCGUGCUGGAAAGGCUGCAGACUUUGCCAACUAUGUCUUAUUCCUGAAGAAUCUCAAGAAUGCACUUGGUUCGGCCGGUCACAACUAUGGUCUGAGUAUCACACUGCCAUCAUCAUACUGGUACAUGCAGAACUUUGACAUCAAGUCUCUUGAAUCCUAUGUUGACUGGUUCAAUGUGAUGACCUAUGAUUUGCAUGGAACCUGUAUUGAUCCCAGCAAGGUUGUCAUGGGCAUGGGAUUCUAUGGACGUAGCUUCACCCUGUCUGACCCCUCUUGCAAAACCGCUGGGUGUCCGUUUUCUGGAGGUGGCAAUCCUGGAAACUGUUCUGCCUCUGCGGGUACUCUGAUGUACUCUGAGAUUCAGGAUAUUGUUGCCAAUGGAGCUACAGUCGUAGAAGACUUGGACGCUGCCGUUGCCAUUGUGACUUGGGACGAGAACCAGUGGGUCUCAUACGACAAUAAUGCCACUCUCAAGCUCAAAAUGGAUUAUGCGAGUAGCAAAUGUUUAGGAGGAGUUAUGAUCUGGGCUGCUUCUACCGACGACGCUUCGGGUAGUGCCAUCAAAUCUCUUACUAAUGUGUCUGCACGCGCCACUCUCUCCGAGGCAGCUCUAUUCAAGUGGCCUGGGGCCACUGCAGCACAAUGUGUCUGGGGUGAGUGUGAUGCUGGAUGUCCAUCUGGAUUCCAGCCAGCAACCGGGACCGGUGGCAAAGUCAGCGGAUAUGCAGGUAUUUUCAAUGGCUGCGAUAGGGAUAUUACUGCUGCCCAACCGGAAGUGUGCCUUCCUGUGAGUGGAAGGGCUCAGCCCCUUUCUGUGGUGCAACUUCUGGAGGUCGCUGCUCGAGCAAUCAAGUGGAAGUGA